UAAGAAAGAGUAAGUAACGUUUUCAACUGAAAUCUAGGGAUUAUUUACAACACUGCCACCGCUUUCUCAGUUCCUUCAUUCUUCUAUCUUUCAAAAACCAGUUAUAACUGCCACACCCUCUUUCUCUUUCUCUUUCUCUUUCUCUCUGCAAUUGCUUCUCCUCACUCAACUGCACAAAAUUUGGUUGCUGUAAUGGCACGAUUGAACCUGGACGGCAAAUCGAUCCGAUGCUGUCAAUAUGCAUGAUUGGCGGCGGCGGCUUCAUUGGAUCGCACCUCUGCGAGAAGCUCGUGGCGGAAACCAACCACAAGGCAGUAGUGGUGGACGUCUCCUCGGAGAAAAUCGACCACCUCCUCGACAGGUCCCUUCCCUGGGCGCACCGCAUCGAGUUUCACCAACUCAACAUCAAGAGCGAUUCCCGACUCGAAACACUCAUCAAAUCCUCGGAUCUCACGAUCAAUCUUGCUGCAAUUUGCACGCCGGCUGAUUACAACACACGCCCUUUGGAGACCAUCUAUAGCAACUUCGUUGAUUCGAUUCCGGUGAUUAAGUAUUGCGCUGAAAACAAGAAACGUUUGAUCCAUUUUUCUACGUGUGAGAUUUACGGGAAGACUAUAGGAAGCUUUCUCCCAGAGGAAUUUCGAAAGGACCCCAAAUAUUUCAUUCUCAAGGAAGAUGAGAGUCCUUGUAUUUUUGGUCCAAUUAGCAAGCAGAGAUGGUCUUAUGCCUGUGCAAAGCAAAUGACAGACAGGCUAAUAUAUGCUGAGUACGCGGAGAAUGGCCUCGAUUUCACCAUUGUUAGACCUUAUAACUGGAUUGGCCCAAGAAUGGACUUCAUUCCUGGUGUGGAUGGCCCAAGUGACGGUGUCCCACGAGUCUUAGCUUGUUUCAGUAAUAGUCUCCUGCGUGGGGAGCCUCUUAAACUUGUUGACGGUGGGAAAUCACAGAGAACCUUUCUCUACAUUAAGGAUGCAAUCGAUGCUGUUGCGUUAAUGAUUGACAACCCUGAAAGAGCAAAUGGGUAUAUAUUUAAUGUGGGAAACCCAGACAAUGAAGUAUCUGUGAAGGAACUGGCUGAGCUUAUGAUAAAGGCUUAUGCAAAGGUGUCUGGUGCACCUGCUUCUAGUAUGUCCACUGUAAACGUGAGUGCAGAAGAUUUCUAUGGUAAAGGCUAUGAUGACAGUGAUAGGCGCAUCCCUGACAUGACAUUUAUCACCAGGCAGCUUGCUUGGAAACCAAGGACACCUCUCGAUGAACUGUUGGAUGUUACCCUCCAAUAUCAACACCGGACAUACUCUCGUGCCAUCGAGAGAGAACUUUCAAAACCGUCAAAUUGACUACAAGUUUUUUUGGAGAUUCAGUUUACUUUUUAUGUAAACACGCCACUGCUAUGAGAGGCAGAAAAAUGUACAUGCUACACUAAUUGUGAGGUAUAAAUCACAAAUCAAGUGUAUAUCUAUAGGUUUUUGAAUGACAACUCUUCUCUUCUUCCCUUCAUUUUCUCUCCCUAUUCUUGGGGGCCAUGACACUUCAAUUACUUCUUUUGUCCAAAUUUUGUUAUGCACACACCCAUAUAAAAGUUAGAGUUGAGACAUUAUUUCU